CUUUCUUUGCCCUGGUAACUGGAUAUUUUCACCUCUCUUUCCUCCGAAUGUGAAAUGCUAAAAGUUUCCAUUGUGUUUGAUUAUUAUUGUUCGGAAUAGUGGUUAAUAUUGCAUAUUUAUAUAUGUAUAUAUUUUUAGUGUAUGAGUAUAUUGAUCGAUUGAUUUUUUGUUUAAACUGAACUCUGUGCAAGUAUGUUAAAAUUGUUGUUGUAGAUAUAUUUAAUAAUGUCUUUGCCAUGUAAGCAGCUGACGAGAAGGCAACGAAAUAAAAGAUGGUACCAUUUUAUUCUGCUAAAACUGUAGUUCUUGCAUUGUUCAAAUUCAUUAAGGGGAAUAAAUGUAUGAAAUCUCAUACUAUUGUCUGAACCUGUCAACCUUCAGACACACAGUGUGGACACAGACAGUAAAUAUAAAGUCACAUGUGAAUCGAUUUUCGAUGAGUCGAAUAAUAUCACAAAUAUACACUAUGUUCGGCAAAUAUUCAUAAUGUGGAAAAAAAUCUUGGAUUUGCUCUACAUAAUCCUGAUCUAUGUAACUCCAUGGUUAAACUGUACUCUGAGAACCCAACAUAAAGAGAGGAGGAGUUUUCUACUUGACACAGAGUUUCAGUAGACAAGAGAUCUCCACCUACCGCAUUUCUCUAACGUCUAGUUGACGAUAAAUUACACAGAGACAAAUGAUGAGAGCAACUCACUUCUUACACUAAUUAUCAUUUAGCUAAUAUUCUAAAACAGAAUGAAAAACAAUAUCAUCUUGACCGCAUACUUUCACUUCAGGUCACCUCAACUCACAUUCCAUUGAAUGGUACUGCACUUCAAUUAGUUUCUUGUUUUCAUAAUCCGUGUGCCAAAUUAAUUUGCAAAACACUAAUUGUAUUUGAGAGACUUCAGAUGAAUCAGACGGGUAGACCACAUCUGUGUAUAGAUUUGAACGUCUACAUUAUGCAACUCCUCAUUCUCAGUCUUCUUGUGUGUAUCCACACAGUAGUUGCUGAAUCCAAUGCCACGAAGACAUACAUGCUUCAUUUACGUUGGCUUCCAACACACUGCCUCAACAGAUAUUGUACUGUCUUAGAGCAUAUAACUAUGGAUAUUUCGAGAUUGAGAGCAUCACCUCAUUUCGACUGGGUUGACGUCGCAUGUCCAAGUGGUCUCCACUUCUUCGAGCAGGAUAUUUAUAGAAUACCUGAUCUGAAUACCUACUGGACUAAUCCAACUGAUGAAUUAUUAGCACACUACUGGGUGUACUAUGAUUAUGGAGCUUGUACAGUUAUGGAUGAAUCUGGAACCACUCCAAUUCUCUACUUCAAUCAUAGUAUUAAUCUCUACAAACAACUCAUGACACCAAAUAACGUCGAAAAUCUCCAUAGCAUAUUAGAGAAGAAGGUUCAUUCGACUGCAAAAGUGGAAGGCGAGCUGUUGAAGACAUUCGGUGUACAACCCAAGCUGAUCUGUGCAGAGAGUGAGGUCGGGAGUGUUUACUUACACGAGGUAGUAUUCUGUUUCAAUGAAGCGUCAUCACUCGUCAACUGUCCAUCAGAAUACGCUAGCCAACUAGAGGAAUUUAAUCCUGAUGAUUAUGUGAAAGAUGAGCGAUUACUAAGGGGGGAAAUUAAGUUUCAAAUCUUGUGUCCAGCAGAAUUCAUCAUUCCUGAUUACAAAAUAGUUCGAAACGCUAAAGUUGACACACAUACCAUCCACAUCGAUUCUAAUGGGAACGAUCAUGUUGACGAUUAUUAUGAUGAUAAUGAUGAUGAAGAUGGUGAUGACGAAGACGGCGAUGAUGAAGAUGACGAUCAUGAAGAUGGUUAUCAUGAAGAUGACGAUGAAGAUUAUCAUUAUUAG